AUAGUACAAGUGAUGUUUAAGGUGGUGUGCUUUGCCAAAUGAACACUCUGCUUUAAAUGGUAAAUUGGAACUACACCAAAUGGUAAUUAACCUUGUUACUUCAGAUACUGGUCAUGUUGUUUAUAACCAGUGUUUUUUGUUUAAUUGGCUUGGGUUUUCAGUUUUUAGCCUGUGCUGACCUGGAACUUGAGCCUUGUGUCUCAUCUCCCAAGUGCUGAGAUUAUAAAUGAGCUGCCACACCAGCAGGAGAUUUCAUGCUUAUCGCAUGGAAAGGGUGUUUUUCCCUUACCAGUGUCUUAUUUUGAUCUUAAACUUACUUUGCAGAAAUACCUAAAAUACCUAAACAGCAAAUCCACAAUUGAGGGAGGAUGUUUUCUGGAAAGCGGGUGGCCACCCUGCUCUUGGAUCUGUCAGUUGAUAGCAGUUUGGGGAUUUGGAGCUGGGCUGUAGGAUGCAUUUCUAGUGUUUCAUACUUACAAGGUUGCUUUCAGAAAUUGCCAGGAAAGCUCAGGUUGUUUCAUAAUAAUGAGAAUACUCGAUUGUUUGGCUUUGGAUAAUGUUCUAAUGAAGUUCACUAAUUUUACCAUCUUUAGUGAACUCUUCCACUGGGGCUUGGCAGAUGAGGCACUGCUGGGCCCUGCCAGGUUAUAGUUUUAAGUAUCCAUGAGGCUAAGGCAUCUUGAGAACGUUAUCAAAAUCAAGACGGUUCAAAGAGAACUUAAUUUUCAAAGACUUGCUUUGGGUGUUUUGAUUGGUGGGGUGUUUUGUUUUCUUGUGAAACACAGCUCUGGUUUUAAAGUCUACACAAGGCCCUGUGGAGUUCUUGCCAUUGCAUUUUCAGAGUUGGCAGCUGGGGUAGUUGUCCUGUUUCUGACUCCUGGAAAAUGGGCAAAAGUUGGAUCAGGUGACCUUGCAGAUCGAGUUGGAGGCAAAUAUUUUUCUCUUGGUGUCCAUCCGCCAGGAUUGGCUGACAGUGGGGGCGGAGCAGCCGGAGGACAAGGAGAACUGCCAUGGCCGCGGCUGCACGCUCUCGGAUUGCACACUUGCUGAGGCACCUGCAAAGCACAGCAUGCCAGUGCCCAACACAUUCUCAUACUUACUCCCAAGCCCCUGGACUCUCACCUUCUGGAAAAACAACAGAUUAUGCGUUUGAGAUGGCUGUUUCAAAUAUUAGAUAUGGAGCAGGGGUUACAAAGGAAGUGGGCAUGGUAUGUCAAUGCCCCCAUUGGGAAGGGGAAGCCAGUGACUGUGCCUCUGAAACCUCUGAUUGCAGUUCCAACCACCUCAGGAACCGGCAGUGAGACAACAGGGGUUGCCAUUUUUGACUAUGAACAUAUGAAAGUAAAAACUGGCAUUGCUUCACGAGCCAUCAAACCCACACUGGGACUAGUUGAUCCUCUGCACACUCUACACAUGCCUUGUCAGGUGGUUGCCAACAGUGGCUUUGAUGUCCUUUGCCACGCUCUGGAGUCAUACACAGCCAUUCCCUAUAACAUGCGGAGUCCCUGCCCUUCCAACCCCAUCCAACGACCAGCCUACCAGGGCAGCAACCCAAUCAGUGACAUCUGGGCAGUCCAUGCACUGCGGAUUGUUGCCAAGUAUCUGAAGAGGGCUGUCAAAAAUCCUGAUGAUCUGGAAGCAAGGUCUAGUAUGCACUUGGCAAGUGCUUUCGCUGGCAUCGGCUUUGGAAAUGCUGGUGUUCAUCUGUGCCAUGGCAUGUCUUACCCAAUUUCAGGUUUAGUGAAGACAUAUAAAGCCAAGGAAUACAAUGUGGAUCACCCUCUGGUGCCCCAUGGCCUCUCUGUGGUGCUCACAUCUCCAGCAGUGUUCACUUUCACAGCCCAGAUGUUUCCAGAGCGGCACCUGGAGACAGCAGAAAUAUUAGGAGCCGACAUCCGCACUGCCAGGACCCAAGAUGCUGGACCUGUGUUGGCAGAUACUCUCCGACAAUUCCUGUUUGACCUAAAAGUUGACGACGGUCUUGGUGCCCUCGGUUACUCCAAGGAUGACAUCCCUUCAUUGGUGAAAGGGACACUGCCCCAGGAAAGGGUCACCAAACUUGCACCCCGUGCCCAAUCAGAAGAGGACUUGUCUGCCUUGUUCGAAGCAUCAAUGAAACUGUACUAACUGACAGCAGAAACGAUCACUGUUGCCUUUGUAGCAGAAGUUACAGGUAGCAGAAGUGGGUCAGGCUCGCCUUUGUCUUUUGUCUCCACACUUAAUUCAACUGCUGCUGGUUUGAAUGUGAUAUGAUUGUAUCCUUGGGAAAUUCCUUGAUUCUCAUUAUGUAAAACCUGGGGCCACACCCCAGGGGUCAUUGUUCCUGCACCUUAACCCCUACUGAACAUGCUAACUCUCAGUCCAUGUGCCAAAUGGACAAAAACUGUCUAUCAGAUAUACAAAUAUACAUAGCCUAUGUCCAGAUACUGCAUGUCUAGAAGUUUAUCCUGCAGAAACACUAGUAUUACUGUGCAAAAAAAAAAGACAAGAGUAUCUCUGACGUACUUUUUGGGGUAAUAAAAAUUAAAACAGUCUAAAUAUAAUGGAAUACUAUGGUAUUAUUAAUAAAGAUGAAGUAAAUCUCUUGGAAA